GGUGCGACAAUCAGUCAUUUAGAUAUUUAAAUAACGGCGUUAGAAUAUACAAUUUGUGGCUGCGCAAAUGCACGUAAUGUGCGCAUAAAUCGCAAAUAUUUUGAUUUGAACGUGCGAUGCAACGGUUUCUAUCAUUCUUUAUGAAUUUAUUGAAAAUUUCAAUUGCGAUAAAAUAAAUCUCAACAAUUUAAGUGUGACUCAAAUUUGAAGUGCUAAAAUCAACAUCGGUUGGUUUCUGUAAAACCAAUAAUUUCUAAAAGCAGCCCAUAGUUUUUUUUUCCGCAAAGUCAAAAGUGUAGAGAAUGAUAAAUAUUCCGAAUCUCAAUGGAAAAUACUGUAGACGAGACAGAAAUAAAUAAGAAGUAUGACAAACAAGUUGAUUCCAUCGAACUCAUGUUAUCAAAAGUUUUAUUGACAUACGGUCAGUCCAAACAAUACGAAUUUAUUGAAUAUCAAUUCAAGUCUGUUACAAACAGUCAUCGCAAUUAAUAUCGUUCAUUCCAAUUCAUAUCAUUUCUUCAAACAGUUUCUACAAAAAUACGCUUAUUCAAGCUUAUUGCGGAGCAAAUAUUAUUGGUUCCAAUGGGGAGUGAGAUUAUGACUCCCGGGAGGCAACGUACAACACACUUUUUUAAACUGAAUUGGUUCCUUUGAUGCGAUUCUUCGAGUUUCAGUCUAAAAUUCACUCUAACCAAUCCAAACUUACUUAAAUAAUGAAAUUCGCGCCCUAACAAUCCCAUUACGCGUUGUUAAACCAAGUUAACUUUGUCUAAAAAACAUAGGCAAGAAGUCAUCACCAUCAGCCCCCAAAAAAGCUGUCCAAGUCAUUAAAAUUAUACAAUGUUGCGUGUAUACUUCCAGCGUUGUAAAAGUGAGUCGUUGGCAGUUUACAUAGAUUUUACAGUUUACUUAAUUUGGGCCAAAUAUAAAUAGUGUUAUUCCCACUUGAGAAAUGACUGUAAUUGCUGUCAUGACAGCAAAUAAUGAGACUAAGCGAUUGCAUCGCGGCGGAAAUCGCAACGAAAAAUAACAACCGAGCUGGCAAUCAAAUAAAUGUAUAAUUUAUAUUGGCAGUUUUCGUGUGUUUAACUGGAAGUGAUUGUUGAAAUGUGUUUGGGUAAAUAUGAGAAAAUGGUUGUUGUCACAACGAAAAACUGAAAAUUGAAUUGUGAGUGAAAUACAAUCUGAAAUCAAAACACACCAAUGUUCCAGGCAACUAUUUGUCUAUGGAUGGCGUUGUCGAGUCAUCAUCAUCAUCGACGCAUGUUGGAUUUGCGUGCAAACAUGCCGUUCGAAGCCGUGAUUCAUUAAUUGAAUUUCCACUUUGUCCAAACUUUCACAGCUGCUCCCCGGCCCUACUGAACCACUUCCAACGAGAAGUGCGAACUAACAACACAAUCAUAUAAUUAGAACCUGAAUGUAUGUAGUUCAAAUGGUGUUAAAGUUUCUUCGCACAUCAACACCACAAAUUCGGUCACAACGCUUCGAGUUUCUCCGUAAACUAGUUUUUCGUAUGGAUGAUGAUCAGCCAGCGUUUAAAUCAUACAAUAGAAAUUCGUGUUUGCGGUUUUAUAGAUUGGAAUACAAUCAAUUUGAUUGAUGCUCAAUGACAGUGAUCAAGAAGUCGAAAUAAUUAAAGACGUUAGGCACAGCCAGCCAGACAAUCGAAUCGGUAAUAUGCUAGACAGUUAGAUACUUUGCCAAAUGCCAUUCAAAUGGCGCGAUUUUUUGUUGGUGUGCCACUCAAUUGGAUUACGAUCACGUUAAAAAGGUAGAUUUGUGAAUGAACAUCUCUUUUUCGCCGCCGUACGAGCUCUUCUAGGUAUUUAUCGAUGUUCAGUGACGAUCAUACGAUUCAAUGAAUAUGAAAUAUCAUGACUACGCUGCAAAAAAGUUAUACUGCAAACAAACCGAUAUGCUUUCGUUCGAAGAGAGAAACAAAAAUAUGGACUCAGUUUUUUUGGACGGCUGUUUUCGUGUAUACCGUGGUGUCACAUUCACUGUACAGCAUAUUCGAUGUGUUAUUAUCUUUAGCGGCUUUGCGGUCAUUUGAUCGUCUACGUGGAAAAGAUACCGAAAUGCUGUCAUAAAACUUAUUUACGAUGUUAUUCCAUUGCAAUUCUUAUUAUGUCUGGGUGGUUCACUUUUUUCGGGCUUUAUAAACACAUUUCGAAAGGAGAAUGCAGCGACUAAAUUACUGAAUUAUUAAAUUUUUUUCAUGAGAUUUCUUUUGUCAAUCGAAAAUCGAUUGAUGGGAUUAAUGUAAAAUAAAUAAUCCGCACUUACGGUUCAUUGUCCCAAAUUCCAGGCGGAAUAAAGAAAGGCAACAGUUUAAAUGUGACAAAACAGAGGAACGAUUGAAGAACAAAUUCGAUCUGUGAUUCAAACUGUGGGAAAAUCUUGGAGAAUCCUUAAAAUGUUCGAACAAUCAAUUAUGUUGCUUUCACAUUUAUUCGGUAGUCUCAUUAUCCAUUCCACGUUGACCGUUUUCAGAAAAGAUUUCAAUGCAUAUGCGGGCGUCAAGUGAACUACCUCGUUUCAUGUAAAUGCCAAACCACAAAAACAAGUUUUAAGCGAGACCGAAUAUUAAAUGAUGUAGAUCUUUUCACGCACGACGGAAGAAAGUCGAGAUCUCUCACAUACACACAGACCCACCAAAUGGAAAAACUGAACUGCGUACAACCAAACAAAUAAACAAAAUUUCGAAAUCUCUUUCAAUCUCGCGCUCUGUGAAUUCAUUUUUCAUUCCGAAGCGGCGAACGCGUAUUUUGAUGAAAUCUGUGUAUUGCACAAUUUAGAUCAAAGCUUGUUUACAGCACACUACUUAGGUCUAAGCCACAGAAGAAAAAAACAGAUAAAAUAUUUUUUUGUAUUGUGAACAAAGAAUGAGCGUAGCAAAUAGUUCUAAUGAAAGAAAACAAAAUACGAAAUAUUUCGGGCAUUGCAUUCAUUCGACCAUAAAUGGCCCGUCGGAAAUGGCUAUUGUGUGAACUGCCUCUUAUAAAUAUGAAGAAUAUAGCAAGAAGAAGUUGUCUGAAUUACAAUCCGAAACCAACAUAGAAUAAUUGGUAGGGACGACUUUUUUGACCUGCUUGAGCUGCAGCGAGCAAUUCGUUUGCCGUUUGAAUGUGAACCGGAAAGAUUCUUUUGUUCAUUACAGUGCAGAAGUCCAAAAGUAUUGCGCAUAAUUGGAAGUUGCAUUUGUAUGUUGUGACGCGACAAACGAUGUACAUUGGGGAAUGUGUAAGGCAUUUUCGUUGCGUAGUGCGUAGCAUAGAAUAGAUGACAAUAGAAAACGCGUACAUUUUCGUGGUGCGUUCAUCGACAUCGACACGAGUGUAUGAUGCAAUAGGCUGUAAUGAAUACGUAACAACGCACAUAAAACCGUGUGCAGUGUAAAUGGGUCCUUUUCUCGAAAAUUCGGAGCGAUUCAAGCGAGAUGGCCGUAAAAUGGCUUUCGUUUUUAUCUUGUUCGACUCAGAAUCGUCAUUCUAGAUAUGCGCAGCUUAUUUCGCAUGGCUUCUCCGUCUGAUUGAAUUCUUUUUUCUUGCAAUUUCUAGGCUGUGAGACAGUGAACAAUAUCAGCUGUUUAUUAUUUACAUUACGGAAUCGCGUUACCAAUGGCAACGCCAACAAAUAUUCACGCGGACUGACACUCGACUGCGUUCUGUUUACUCACAAACGAACCGGAACAUUUACGCUCUGGAAUUAUCGCAUCGUAAUUUCAUUUUUAUUUGCGCCUAUUAUUUUCUACUUUAGAAAUAGCGCCGAAAAAAUUGCUCGAAAAUCCAUUUACACCAGCAAUCUAUUUUUUGCCAGUUUAUUAUGUGCCGUAAAUGAUGAUUCGGCUCAUUCGUCGACGUCGUUUCCUCUUUGCCGGCGAAAAAAGAAGAACCGCUCAGAAUUGUAUGCUUGCGUGUUCGCGAUUUGUAAAAAUGGGUAUGAAACAAAAAAUACGAUAAUGAUUAGUGUGAGAUGAAUGGUUGGCGAAAAUAUAUCCAUGUGUUUAACUCUAUCAUCAUGGGAAUCUCAAUUAUUUCGACUGUUAUUUUUUGUGUUUCUGUACUUCGGUGAGUCUCGUGAGCGGUCAAGAGAAAAAAAAAUCUGUGUCCGAUUCAGCAUUUAAUUAAAACGGAUCGCUGGCUCUCUUUCACUCUGCCGUAAUAAAUUAUGUGCACUCUCCGUUCGCAUGACGACCUUUUUGUUCUUCGUAUCUCGAAUCGGCCGACACAAAUGCACAUGAAAAAUUUCCAAAUGAGAUUUCAUUUCGUGCCUACGGAUUUUCGUUUCUCUCUGCAUCGUUUUCUCUUUUUCUCCCGUAUGCUAGGUUUGUAUUCGAGCAUUUCGUUGUAAUUGAAAACGUGUCGCUACAGAAUGCAUUCGAUGUUUAGGCUUUUGUCUUGGUGGCUGCAAUUGCAUUCGGAUUGCACCAAUACAAGCGCACGCGUGUAUAGCGUGUACGUGAGAGGCAUGCUAAAGUUCAUUAAAUAUAUAUGUUCGUGCUACUCACCGUAGCCGAAACCCGUAGGACUGACGAGAGAAAAAAAGGUCUAUUCAACAUAUAUCGCAUUUGUUUAUACGGUUUGUGCGUGUAGUUGACAACGUGUACAUAUAUUCUCGGUUCACAUACACAGCGUAUACGUAUACGAGCGACAUCGUUGUAUGGGUGCAUUCACAUUGACUUCAUAAUUUAUGCGUAAAUGCGUGCGUAUGUAUGUGUGUGUAUCUGUGUGUAAUUUGAAGCAACAACUAACAACGAUUGAUGCGAAGAAAAAGCAGCAGCAGCACAACAACAGCAGCUACGUCGACGAAAACCAACUUAUAAUAAACUAAAAAGCGGCAGCAAAUACACGGGAACACAGUUUUUUUUUCUCUUCUCUCUUCGCUCUUCUUUCUGUUUCUCUGUUAAGAGCUAUAAACGAAGUGAACAUACGAACGAACAAAGCGUCGCGUUGCUCAGAAUCAGAGAGAGGGGAGCCUUGCAAACAGUUCCAUUACAUGUUUUAUGGUAGUAACGUAUCGGAGUAAAUCGAAUACAGUACACAUUUACUUCGAUUUGACGAGUGAGAGAAAAAAAACAUUUUUACGCGCGCACAGCGUAUAGACCGAAUGGGAAUCGACAAUUUUUAAUCGAAUAUUUUCGAUUAUUCGACCGAAUUGUGUUCAAUUUGAUUGCAAUAGUUGGUGUUUUGUGAUACGAAUCGAAUUUUCGUGUAUUUCAACAUCAGUGGUGAACAUUUCAUUGCCAACGGGACAGUCAAUCGUGGGCUAUACAAUCGGACAAUAAACCAUAAGAACAAUAAAAGGUGUGAAUUGAAAAGCAAACUUCGUCAUUGGUAUUCACAUCUUCAAGAAUAUCUAUGGAAAAAUACCAAAAUUCAACACAUUUUUCUUAGAAUUCGUUCAGUGUUUAGUUAUUUCUCUCGGGAAAAGUGUACAGACCAUUUCGAGUGGACAGUUUGAUUGCCGGUUUGUCAACUGUCCAAAACGAGCGGUGGCAUUUAACGCGCACCCAAUCUCAACAUCAUGAACUGAAACUGAGUGUGACAUUUUAUUAUUUUAAAAACAAAAUCACCGAAUUUCACGACGAACGAGAACGCAUUUUUGACACUGGUGUAACGGAAUCGAUGUUAGGAACGAUCAAUCAUGUAUAAGUUACUCGGUGGACUCAAAGAUUAUUUCAAGUUACAAGAAGUGACAACGGAUAAUGCUGUAUUUCGGCUGCAUAAUCUAUUCACAACGGUGCUAUUGCUCACCUGCAGUCUAAUCAUCACUGCCACACAAUAUGUUGGUCAGCCAAUUUCGUGCAUCGUUAACGGUGUACCACCACAUGUGGUCAACACAUUCUGCUGGAUUUCCAGCACAUUCACAAUGCCUGACGCCUUUCAACGACACUUGAAAGUUGGCGUGUCUGUGGCUCAUCCGGGUAUUGCGAACGACUUCAACGACGAAGACGCGAAAAAAUAUUACACAUACUAUCAAUGGGUGUGUUUCGUGCUAUUCUUCCAGGCGAUCGCGUGUUAUACACCGAAAUUUCUUUGGGAUGCAUUUGAAGGCGGCUUACUUCGGAUGAUUGUGAUGGGACUGAAUCUCGGCAUUUGUCGCGAAGAAGAGAAACAAGCGAAAAAAGAUGUCAUCCUCAGCUAUCUAACCUCUCAUUUAAAGCGCCACAAGCUGUAUGCCAUUCGGUAUUGGGGAUGCGAACUCUUGUGCCUGGUGAAUAUCAUACUGCAAAUGUGGAUGAUGGAUCGAUUCUUUGACGGUGAAUUCUUGUCCUAUGGAUGGCGCGUGAUGAAUCUAUCGGAUACGCCACAAGAACAACGAUACGAUCCAAUGGUGUACGUAUUCCCUCGCAUCACAAAGUGUAUCUUCCACAAAUAUGGUGCUUCUGGAUCGAUACAAAAGCAUGACUCGCUCUGUAUUCUACCUCUGAAUAUUGUCAACGAAAAGACCUACAUAUUCAUAUGGUUCUGGUACUUUGCGUUGUUGUUCAUGUUGAUCGGAUUGUUGAUCUAUCGCAUUAUGAUCAUCUCGAUGACAAGCGUACGUACUAAGAUCUUGGCUGCCAGAAACCGACUGCUUCCGCACGAAAUGGCUAGGAAAAUCUCACAGAAAUUAGACAUUGGCGAUUGGUGGCUUAUUUACAUGCUGAGCAGGAAUUUGGAUCCAAUCGUCUACAAGGAUGUAAUGGCACAGUUGCUCGAGCGUCUAGAGAUGCGCAGCAAUCAUCAAAACGAUGAAAAAUCUUAGGAAAUGCACUUAGGAACAAAAAAAAAAGAUGAAAACAAAUAUAUGCAACAACAAAUUGUCAUACACACACAUUGAAGCAGCAUUGCAUGACCGAAAGACGAGAUGAUCUUCAUUCAUCAUUUUUAGUGUCGAGUUUUUAAUUUUUCUUUUAAAAAAAUCAAAUCAACAUUCUGAAAUGAGACUGUAAUUAAGAUUUUACAUUGUUUUUCCCUUCGUUUGAAAUGAAUUGAAACAUUCGUUCCAAUCGCAAUCAUCACAAUAUCAUGUAGAAAGAGAGCUGAUGCAAUACAAGUAUUUUCCAAUUCACGUCGUGCCAAAAUCGAAAAGCCUUUAGAAUAAGCAUCGGCGAUCAAUCAUCGGAGCGUUUUAGUUCGAACACACACUUCAAAUCGAAAUACGAUUCUUCUUUAUUCCGGCUCGUUUGAAUACUCAAAUUAAAUAGAUCUGAUCAUAUUUUUUUUACACUAAACGCAAAUUCAAUCUCACAGAAUUCUCCUUUUUUCAUACGAAAUUCGUUCACUCUUUCAAUUUUAACCCGCUUUUUUUUAGAAACGAUUCUGUGAUUAACGAUGUGGAGCAAUGUUUUUAAACCGAAACAAAAAAUUAAAAGUCGAAUUAACGAAUGAAGCAAAACUAGCUCAUUAACAAGUAUUUGAUAAACGUACGCAAUGUAUUUAUUUAUGAAAUCGAAGAAAAAGAACAAAUUUCCAAAUUGGCUAUUUCGAAUAGCCGAACACAUUUAAAUUAAACACAAAACACAAACUUGGAACGAACAAAAUAUCAUUUAGAGCAAUAAUUUUUAUGUAUUCUAGAUUAAGAAAUUUUUGAACAAAUUUUCGGUACGCAUUUUUUUCUGAAUCUGGAAAAUCAAUUACUAUCGAUUUUUAAUAAAUAAAAAGUGAACCGGUCGAAUUGUCGAUAACUUUUACAGUUAUGGGAGAACAGAA